CAACAAUCCAUUGGCUAACGAGGUCGAUAACGCCAGACGCAAGACGCCGGGCCUACUGCGGGAGCGUGAGGCAAGCCGUGCGUUCCGUUCCAAGGCAUCUGUGAGCCCGCGGAGUAUACACCAUGAGCAAAGCUCACCCUCCCGAGUUGAAAAAAUUUAUGGACAAGAAGUUAUCAUUGAAAUUAAAUGGUGGCAGACAUGUCCAAGGAAUAUUGCGGGGAUUUGAUCCCUUUAUGAACCUUGUGAUUGAUGAAUGUGUGGAGAUGGCGACUAGUGGACAACAGAACAAUAUUGGAAUGGUGGACAACAUACCUAAUAAAGUGGUAAGCCCAAAGUUCUUGAAAAAGGUGAACCAAAAAGGACAACUUACUUUUAGCAAAUUAUUAAGCAUAAAGACCUCCAAGGAGUGGUAAGAGUUGCUAAUUAUUAGCCUUGAUUUAUUAACCUUGAUUUUUAAGUUUGAGCAGUAAAGUUGAAGAUAGACCUAUUUUGACAUCUCUGCCUGUUUAAUUUUUUUACAUACCAUUUUUUCCAAGGUUUGUGUUAUUACUUAUUUCAGAUACUUUUUCAUUACUGUAUUUUGAAAAGCAAAUGAAUAGUUAUGACUGAAAAAGCAGUUUAGAGUCUCCAGAUAACCACACGUGGUCCCCCAAGUUUCAUGUAAAUUGACUUGUCUUUCAGGUAUAUUCCCUUGUGAGCUUCUGUUGAAUAAGGCUGCCAGCAUCAUUAGUAGCCAAGUCCUUAUAAAAACAUUUUCUAGAUACCCCAAGAUUUUCCUCUAAGCCCUUAUUUUUACAAAUAAAUUUUCCUUCUAAUAGAAGGUAGAUUCGGUUUUUAGUUCCUUGCAACAAAUUUGCUGAAAAGGAUUCAGGAAGAACUUGGCACCUAAUUGUCAAUUCUGCUUUGAGAAGAUUAGAGAAUUAGGUAACACACUGCUCAUUGGAAUUUUAUCAGAGAAGGAAUAGAGCAUCCCUCUGGCAAUUUUCCCCCUAAACUUUAUGGGCCUAAUUUUCUUUGCACAGAAAUUGGUUGAAAGCACUGCCAUCCCAAGUCAUUUAAGUAAUGAUUACCUACUUAGUGUGUUGUUGGGCAGCCUCCUAUUCCAUCUCUGAGGUUUAUGUGACACACACACACCCCCAACCCCCAGCCAAAGAAAAAAAAAAGUUUUUAUCAGCAGACAAUAAUUCUUGCUGCUGAGUCUUCACUUUGAAAAAGAAAUAAUAACACAUCAGACUUCUUUAAUAAAAGACAUUUUAAAAGGCAAGAACAGAGGUGAACUUUUUGACUUUUCUAAAGUUGGAAGAAGGGAAACAAAUAGGUUAAGGUUUUGUUCAUUUUGUUAGAAGUUGUUUAACAAAGGACAGUUGGCUUCAUUAUUACCUUGUCCAAGUCAGUGAUCCAUUGAGGCCACUGAAAUUAAUACUGUUUUAUUGCAGUUAUGUGUGUGUUGGCUGGGCACAGUAGCUCAUAUCUAUAAUCCCAGCACUUUGAGAGG